AUGGAGGUGGAAUAUCCCCCUUCGAACGCAUCGGCCCAGGACGCUUCGUCGCCUUCCGCCACCUCGACCUCACAUAGAGGCUCACCCUCGCUAAUACCGCCGCCCUCUGACUCACGAACGAAUUCAAACGAAGCUACUGCAGGUACAGAUGGCUCGAAAUCAGCACAGUACAACAACAGCCCUCCCGCCGCAGGUGCGGCUGCGGAUACGGCACCGAGUGAUCCCCUCGCCGACCUCAAGCGUCCUCGAGCAUGUGAGGCUUGUCGCCAGCUAAAAGUGCGCUGUGAUCCCGACCAAGACCAUCCAGAUGGCUCUUGCAAACGUUGUGUCAAGGCGAAUAGACGCUGCAUUGUCACCGUCCCCACCAGGAAGCGGCAGAAGAAGGCAGACAGUCGGGUUGCGGAACUGGAGAGGAAAAUCGACGCGUUGACAGCUACUCUGCAGGCGUCGAGAGCGAAGAGCUACCCGUCCGAUCUAAAUGACUCUGGACCGCAGCAACAUGUCGAAAGGAGCUGGUCUGGGUCAAGCCGCUGGUCCUCUCAACGGCGGGUCUCGGGCGGUGAGAACCCAUCAGGCCCCGCUGGGAUGGCCGGAAGCAAGAGGUCGUCAAAUGGGGAUAUCAGGUCGCUACCGGGGAUGAGGCCUCCUGCUAUUCUUCCACCUUCUAAGAGCCCUUCGAGCCAUACAACUUUCGUCAAUACGUGGUUGCAUGGGGAAUCCCCCAAUAAACAGGAGAGCAGCUGGCCGGUAUUUCUACCGGAGUCAUCAGCAGGCCGACGCCCGGACCAUGAGUAUGCAGACGUCAUAGACCGCGGCAUCAUUGACCAGGAAACAGCAGUAAAGGCCUUUACACAUUAUGUCGAGGUUAUGGCACCAUUGAUGCCAGCGGUAGUGUUCCCGCCGGGCACCAAGAUGGGUGACGUGCGGCGAGAAACCCCCAUGCUGUUCCUAUCCGUCCUCUCUGUAUCAAUUGCAUCAUGUGCACCCAGCCUGGAACCGAUUCUAACGAGUGAGAUGCACAAAAUAUUCGCCGACCGCAUUGUUGUCCGUGGUGAGAAGUCGUUAGAAUUGAUGCAGGCUCUUGUGAUCGCAUCUCUGUGGUACAUGCCACCGGAACACUAUGAAGAGCUCAAGUUCUACCUCCUUAUUCAUCUGGCGGCUAUUAUGGGAACAGAUAUGGGCAUGAAUCGCCGGUCAAAGCCUCAGGCACAAUCAUCAGAAAUCAUAAAGGAACUUAUGAGUAGAAAAGCCAUAUUUGUUGACCCACAGUCGCUUGACGUCAAACUGCUACUGGAAUCGUCCGAUGCAUAUCCCAGCGAUCGGGCACUUGUUGAAUGGGUUAAACUCGCCCAUAUCGGCGAAGAGAUCGGCUUCCAGUUCUCUAUGGACGACCCCCUGACAAAUAUAUCCAUAGACGAGCCGAGGGUGCAGUUUGCUCUCAAAGGCUUUGAAACGCGCCUGGAUGAGUGGCGGAAGGAAGUGCCUUCCAAAGUAUACAGCCCCGUAAUGGAACACUAUGAGCAAGUGCUAAGCAUAUAUAUGCACGAAAUUGGCAUGCACAUCGAUCACAACAUCGACGACUUCAAACCGCCAUUUCUCCCAGGUCUCGCUGAAGAAUCACAGGCCAAUCUUGGGACGGCUGCACAUGUGAAUGCACUUACAGCAUGUCUCACUUCCAUUCACCGGGUCCUUGACCUGUUCGGCACCAUGGAUCGAUCCUUGAUGUCUUGCCUCCCUACCAUACAUUUCGUUCGCACAUCUUAUGCAUGCGUUGCUCUGAUAAAACUGUACUCCGUUGCCUCAUCACCCGGCAGCCGUCUCGCUAACGUCUUCAGCACUGCCGAUUUCAAAGUCGAGGCCUCGCUUAAUAACCUAAUUAAUCACCUCCAUACUUGCAACGAGGGGAAUCAAAGUCGAGUUGGCCUCAGGUUCUCGCUUAUAAUUGGCAUGCUGAAAGCCUGGUAUGCGAAACGCAAGGAUAAGAAAGCUGAAGUUCCUCUUCCGCCCUUUCUCCAGCCACGGGCCUCAAAAUCCGAGAAGACAGCACCCGCGGCCACGGACACGGGUGCUGACGAUGACGCGAAUAAGUCGGCUCCUUUGAGAAACUCGAGCACCUCCAAUACCCUCGGAGAGGCUGCUGUGCAAUAUCCCUCAAGUACCGCAACCACCAAGCAGGGAGUGCAGCAAUCUGCCAACAAGGCUGCCCAGAAUAAUAUAUCUCAGCCCUGUGGUACUAAUACACCUGGUCAAGCCAUCGUGACCAGUCCAGGUGAAAUCAGCACAACAUCUGCGGCUACUAUUCGCACAUACGGCCCGAGCGGCCUUUCGCAGCCAGCAUCUAGUUCAGGCGACUGGCCGCCAUUCGUCAGCCAGAACCAAAUGUCAACUAAUCCUUACACUACGACGGCACCCUGCGAGUCCUCAAUGCAACAGCAGUACAUGAAUCCAACCUUUGGGCAAAAUGAAAACUUCGUUUCACAAGCCGGGUUCAAUAAUGUACCUACCACAGGCAUGGACCAGCAGAUUCUGAGCUGGGGACAUGGUACAAUCCCAGGUGCAGAUCUAUCCGCAGUUAUGACCUUUCACCCCAGUUUAUGGGAUGAAGAGCUCUUCCAGCUCUCGCUCGAGGGCUUCGAAGGCGUCUUCUAG